AUGCAAACCAAAAUCGUCAUUCCGGAAGCUCCGAAGCGUGAAAAGUAAGUUUUUUGUCGCGAAAAUUGGGAAAAUUUUGAUUUCAGAUCGAUUAACACCCCGAAACCGGUCAAAAAUGUGCAAAUUUCCGCGGAAAGCGAGAAUUUCGACGUGCGUCCGCUGUUCUUCAUUCACAGCGUUCUCGUCCUCGCCGCUCUUCUCGCACUUGUCGCCCACUUCAAUUAUCACUGGAUUCCCGUUGCCAUUCUCAUUUUCUACUCGAUCACUCUGCUCAUAGCGGUCAGCGGCGAAUUCGAGGCUCUCAAAAUGAUCGAGACACUUGCUGUGAGCUUUUUUGGUCAAAAAACAAUUUGUUGCUAAAAAUUACGAAAUUUCCGAUUUUUCCAGUACUACCAGCUGCUCCUCGGUACCCUUUGGCUUCUCGCCGGACCGUCCGUCAUUUCCAGCAGAAUCGCGUACGACCAGGGCUUCGCCUUCGGAAAUGCGACGGAGACGAACGAGACGGCGCUCUCGGAGUGGUUCAUAAUCGGUGCCACGGCGGAGGCCUGGGACCGGGGAUUCUACAGCGGACUGAAAGCUUUGGCCUACCUUAUCGGUACGGAAAUGCUGAAAUAAGACAAAACCCGGUUUUUUUGCGUUUUGACAGCUUACUAGAAAAUUCGUUUUAUGAAGCUUUACUUGGUCCCAUAUUAUAACCGAUAGUAACCCCCAUGGCACUGAUAACCAAAAAGGAUAUUAGGUCCCGUAUGAGAUCUAUAUAUGGGAUCAAUUGAAGCGUUCUGAAAUUUUCAUGCGUCCGUGUGGUCGAUCUUGGUCCCUAGCCAGAAAACAUAUCCUUCAAUUUCCAGUGGUGCUCUCUCAAAUCUACCUCGUCGGCAAGAUGAUUUCCCGCGUGAACCCCGCUUUGAUCGCGAAAACCACUGAAGAACUGGGAGCCCGUUUCUGGUUGUGUGCCCACUCGGUCUUCCUGCUUCUCUCUCUCUCUUCGUCUACUUCUCCACCCUCCAUCAAGUCGAUGUGUUUCACGCCGCCGCCAUGGCCGUCUAUACGCUCAUUUUGUGCGUGGCGGUCGUCAAAAACUCGUAUCCGGCUCUCGAAGUGAUCGCGUUUUUGGCGGUGAGUUUGGCGAGCGUUUCCUGGCAUUUUCUGUGCCGUUUGUGCUGUUUUGCAAUACGAAACACAUGAAAUAUUAUAAAAAUCCGUCAAUUUAAGUACUUUAACCUGUCGCUCGCCAUCGCCGCCCUCAUGUUGCUCCCGGUCGAAAUCGCCGCGAAGGCCGCAUACAAGAUGGGAUUUGAUUGCGGAAUCUCGAACGGAUUGCUGACUGCGUCGGACCUUAUCUGUGACUCGGCGAAAGCGGGCAACCACGGAUUCCACGAAGCCAUCAUCAUCUUUGGCUUCAUUUUGGGUACGGUUAACAGUUUUAUAUGAUUGAAUCAGCAUUUUGGCGCAAAAUUCUAAAUUUAACCACAUUUGUCAUGUUUUUCGUCAGAAAUUACCAAAAUUUGCUGAUCAUUUUUGCUGUUCGAACGCUCAGCUUUGGUCACGCCCACUUUUCAACUUUUGGACGUCGUGAUAAUAGUUUUUUUGUACAAUUAAAUUUUUGCAGUGAUCGCCUCGCAACUCUACCUCGUCCGCAAGAACAUUUCUCUUGUGAAGAUUGAAAUUCGUCAGGAACAAAUCGUCUGAAUCUCUUUUUUGUUGUCACCUUUGUUGUUAUUUUUUAAAUCUUGUUAUUGUUCCUUGUUCUGAAAAUGUGUUGAAAAUGGUGGUCUUGACUGGAAAUGCUCAAAACGGUGCCAGAAAUGUAUUCAGAUACAUUUAGUACAGGUCUGUGGAAGAAAUUACAAAAUUUGACCAAAAAUUAAAGGCGCAUGCACUCUUUUUGGUCGAUGGGUCUCGUGACGAUCUAAAUUUUAGCGCGGGAAAUUUUUGAAAUCGGGUUCUGAAAGCCAAACCGCUUUUUUAGCAGAUUUUUUGUGUGUUUCUCGAUAUUUUCAUUUAUGAUUUGCCAGCAAUUUUCCCAGUUCCAGAAUGCAAAAAGUACAAGAAAUCGCGACGCUGUCGGCUUCGCUCCUUCCGGAAGCCACGUCCAUUCCCGGAUAUUGGAAACCGUCGCGUGGCUCCGGACCGUCAAAGUGCUCGCGGUACGGAAAUUCUAGGCUAUUUAUUAGAGAAAUCUAUACAAUUUCAGUACGCUCAACUCGUCCCCGCCGGAAUCGUCUUCUGCAUUCUGCCGCUCGUCGUCAGCACCUACACGGCCGUGAAUCUUGAAAAAUCGACGGUGGGAAUCGAAACUGAUUUCCGUCCGAUUUAUUACGGAAUCGUGACUCAGACGCUCGCAUUUUCGUAUUUUAUUCUCAGUAACCUUGAAAAAGGAAGCAAAAAGCAGAAUUUUUCACUUUUCAGUGCCCUGCUACCAAAUUGAUCUCACCGCUCGGGUCAAAAACGGCACGCCCAUUCACAAAAUAUAUCGUCUGAAUCACUCACUCUUUUACCUGUUCACCCCACACUGUUUUAUCUGUUCCUGUUAUUUUUUGCAUGUUUCUAAUGAAUUCUGCGACAUUGCCCAUUUUUUGCCGUAAUAAGUUGGUUUUCUUGCCGUUUCUACCUUUUUUUCCAGCUGCACUGUGAUUACUUUGCCUAACGUUUCUAUUGCAGAACUCGCGAGAAAUGGCGGAUCUGGCCAGGUGAGCAAAUGGGAAUUUAAGCUGAACUUGGCGGUUUUUGUGAUUGUUUUAAGUAAAAAAUAGGUGACAAUUGAAAUUAUCAGUGAAUUUUUAGAUCGUUUUAGGCCGAAAAUGAGCGGCAAUAAUUCGUUGUAAAACAUUUGUAAAGCGUUUCCCGAAAAGCGGCUUUGACCGCCAAAUUUGUUGAGCAAUGUUUUGCCGUUGCAGACGGAUCGUGCACGCGCUGUUCGACGUGUUCUACAUCAACGGAGAGCCGUUCUUCCGCAGCGCCUUCUUCUGGGUCUACAUUUCGUCUCUCCGCUGGCUCAACGACCGCAACGAGGCCGCCUACCGACAUUUGACGCUCUUCUUCUGCUACAAAACCACGCGCAAUUUCUUAAUUAUCUGGAUUUUCCUCGCCAUUUACGCGUUCUUUUCCAACUAUAUUGCCUCGUUCUGGUGUGCUCUCGUCUACUGUCUCGUCAGCGGAGUCGUCCUUCGGUUCUUGGACGUUCGAGCUCUCCGUCACCUCGAAUUCCUCACGGUAAGGAGUUUUUGAGGAAAACUGUUGUUAUAUUUUAUUUUCCCUUCCGAAUAUCGUUCAGUACACAUCAGGUCUGGGCAAUUGGCCGGCUCUUUUCAAUUUGACCAACCUUCAAUGAUCUGAUCGGGGCCAAACUUUGCAGGCUUUCUGUACUUGGAUUGAAGUACGUUGGGUCCAAAUUUCAGACCGAUCGGAUCAUCCGGUCCCGAGAUAUGUCAUUGGCCGAAAAGCCACAAUUUUGGCAAAAGCCCGCAUUUCCUCCACAUAUCUCGGGACCGGAUGAUCGGAUCGAUUUGCAACUUGGUCCCAAUAUGCUUGAAUCCAAGUCCAAGAAGCCUGCAAAGUUUGGGAAAGAUCGGAAGAUUGCAAGUGGGCAAGAUGAAUAUUUAAGAAAGAGUCAUGGAGUAGGCCUAGAGAGGAGAGAAAAAGAACUUGAUAAUUUUUCAGUUCUUGCACAUCGGCGUGAGCACCAUUUGGAUGUUCUCGGUGCCGGAAAUAGUUCGGGAUAUGGUGCACGAGGAGCAUAAACAUUCGGUCCGCUACGUCCGCCUGAUCAUGACGUUCCUCGCGUGGAUCGCCGCCGGACUCGGCGUUUUGUGGUACAUGAUUGCCGGUUUGUCGCGUGUUUGCGAAACAAUUUGGAACAAUCGCAACGUUUUCAGUAAUUUGCCAUUUAUAUUGGAUCCGAUGCACCAUCGACGUGAUCAGAAGGGUCCGAGCGGAAGAAGAACAUGAGGCGGCCCAACAAGCCCAACAAGCCCAACAAGCCCAACAAUAA